AUGACUGUCCUCUUGAAAGCCUCAAAUCUUCACUCCUUCGUGAUAGGGUUCAACACAAAGAUGUCGGUCGCUUCAACAUCUCCGGCAUCUUCGCCACCACAGGAAACCGCCAAGAACCCUCGAGUGUGUUUGAACUGCCGACGGAAGAAAAAGCGAUGCGACAAAGCUCUGCCCUCGUGCAGUCGAUGUGUUGAUUCUCUCCAGGUUUGUCAAUAUGACGAAGAAGGCGGACUUCCAGGAGGGCUUUGCUCUCCAGGGCCCUCGUUUCAUCUUCCGCAAUCCAUGAUCAUCUCCGAGCAGCGCUGGGGGACCGUAUCACCUGGACUGUUCAUGGCCUUGGACACUGUCGAAGAUAUACAUUCGUUCACGUCUCGCUGUUUGUCCGAGGUUCUUGGGAGUCGAGACAACAUCGAGCAUGUCGUCGCCCGCUAUUUCGCCACCACCAACACAUGGUUCACAAUUGUCGAUAGAGUCGAGUUCGAGGCCUUGUUAAAAAACAUCUGGAUCGCUCCCUCGGCAGAGACGAGCGUCCUGCUCCUCGGUAUGAGUCUUAUCAUCAGACUCCCACACAACAACAAUCUGAACGGAAUGGCGGACAGCGUAUAUCUUUCUGUGAAAACAAUGCUUAGUGUCGUUAAGACAAAAGUCUGCCUGUCGAUACCGUUGAUGCAAACGGAGCUGUUGAUUGCGAUGUAUGAGACAUCGCAUGGGAUGCACCAACAAGCGUACAUGUCGGUCGGAAGCUGCUGCCAGAUGAGUAGGGCACUUGGCUGGUGGGAUAAGAAUUUCUGGAGGGGGCAGCGAAGAGCCGGGAUACCAAUAAAUCUUCCACUUUGUUCAGCUCUGUGGUGGGCAACCGUUUAUGUCGACUGUCUGUUCCAAGCAGGAUAUCAAGACCACGCAUAUCCUUUGUACACCUCUGCGGUACCCCAAGAUCUCACAGUACCCUUCCCUGAAUCCUUUAGACACGCUGGCUCCAAUGAGGCUCUCGGGUCCUGGGAUGUGACGAUGAGAGAUGUUAGCGGUGCGAUAUGGCCCGAAACCCAUUCGGCCUACUACCUCAGCAGUGUCUUGCAGCGAUUGACCGACCCUGCUUCUCUUUCGAACGCCGACCGCGACAAUUUGUCACACUUGAUCAUGAACCACACGAUCAGUAUGCUAGGUAGCGAUCGUGCCGCAGUGGUGGGGACCAAUUUCAUUGCUUUGAUGCAAUUGAGCCAACGUGGCGUCCUCCUGAACACGGGCUUGGUCGAUACCCGAUCUGUUGAAACUAUCCGAUCGGUGAUUGAGUCGAUAUACACCUCGGCCCUGAACAUGGAGCAAUGCGGGCCGAAUUAUUGCGCAAGUCAUGUAGCACCGUGCGCACCCGUUGCAGCAUACUAUGCUGCCAAUGUGUUGGUGUCUCACGGCGAGAAUUGGCUGCAAGACAAAGAUUGGUUGCCCAAGGUCGAGUGCCUAAAGAGAUAUAUGAUGUUUCUCGGUCAACGGUGGAAGAUUGCCGAGCUUCAUGCCAGCUUGAUCGACAUCGCCCUCCGUAGUCGGUUGAGCGGGUACACCGGCUGA